CAUUAGUGUGCUGCUACUGUGUGACGUUUCAGGUGCAAAAGUCCAUGGAAGUAGUUUGAGCUCCCAUAUAUUGCAUGCUUCUUUCACAUCCUCAUUAAUGGAUGAUGUGGAAUCCUGCGCAUCCUCCUUCCAGCCCACCAAUGGGGAGCACCUAUUUGGUAAUUAUUAGCCUCUGUUGCGGCACUUCAUUCUCUCGCACCGGCAGUAGGCGGUACAGGAAAGGGCACAGAGACAAGAAAAAUGUGGAGCGAAUCCGGUCUCCUCCGAGGUCGGUGGACACCAGCGAAGAGGCACCCCGUGUGAUGCUGCUGCUGCAACACCUCUGGAGGCGAUGCGGGAAACGCGGCGCAGCAGGCACUAAAGAAUAAGCGAGGCGGUCAAGCCUAUAGGAGGAGCAGAGCAGACAGACUACUACAACAGCUGCUGAUGGGGAAGCGCUGAUUGAAGGAGAGAGAGAGAGAGAGAGAGAGAGAGAGAGAGAGAGAGAGAGCAGAAAGAAGCUAAAGAGAAGGAGGAGGGGAGAGAGAGCCGACCAGCACGGGAAUUUAGUGAUUGGACCCGCGAUCUUCCAGUUUCGCCGACUGGAGACCCCAAAGCCUCCUGUCGCUGUUUGGAAAGAAAGCAACAAAAACCAAACCUUGCUGGUCAUGGAUCCUCGUGCAGCUCUCAACAGUAAAGUGACGGCAAGGCUCCUCGUUUCUCUCCUGCUUCUUUGCAGAUGUCAAAACAGUCUCUGCCAGUCAUCCCCAGAAGCUGAGAAGGAGGUGGGCACCAACGACAACAGCACAGUCUUCACCAGAAUCCUGGAUGGGCUCCUGGACGGUUACGACAACAGGCUUCGGCCAGGGCUCGGAGAGAAUGUCACAGAGAUCAAGACAAACAUUUUUGUCACCAGCUUUGGCCCCGUGUCUGACACGGAGAUGGAGUACACCAUAGACGUGUUCUUCCGUCAGAGCUGGAAGGAUGAGCGCCUGUGCUUCAAAGGGCCCAUGGAGAUGCUGCCAUUAAACAACCUGCUGGCCAGCAACAUCUGGACCCCAGAUACUUUCUUUCUUAACGGCAAGAAGUCUAUAGCUCACAACAUGACCACGCCCAACAAGCUGCUGAGGCUCAAGGAUGACGGCACCUUGCUUUACACAAUGAGAUUGACCAUAUCAGCAGAAUGCCCCAUGCAGCUGGAGGAUUUUCCCAUGGAUGCCCACGCCUGCCCUCUCAAAUUUGGCAGCUAUGCCUAUCCUGUGUCAGAAGUCGUCUACACUUGGACUGAGGGAGCUAAAGAAUCUGUGGUGGUGGCAGAGGAUGGCUCCAGACUCAAUCAGUAUCAUCUUGUUGGACAAAGUGCUAACACAGAGGAUAUACACACAAGCAGGGGACAGUAUACAGUGAUGAUGGCCCAUUUCUUCCUGAAGAGGAAGAUUGGAUAUUUUGUCAUCCAGACGUAUAUGCCAUGUUUCAUGACUGUAAUCCUGUCCCAGGUGUCAUUUUGGCUGAACAGAGAGUCAGUUCCUGCCAGAACUGUUUUUGGGGUGACCACUGUGCUGACCAUGACCACCCUUAGCAUCAGUGCGAGGAACUCGCUCCCCAAAGUGGCCUAUGCUACAGCCAUGGACUGGUUCAUUGCCGUCUGCUAUGCUUUUGUCUUUUCUGCCCUCAUUGAGUUCGCAACAGUGAACUACUUCACCAAGAGGAGCUGGGCUUGGGAUGGCAAGAAGGCUAUGGAAGCACAACACCCUAAGAAACGAGACCCGAUGGUUCUGUCCAAGAAGCCCAACAACGUGUGCUCGGCAGGUGUCAACUACACCCCCAACCUCACCAAGGACACGUCCAUCUCCACCAUCUCCAACACGACGUCGGUACACCUGCGUUCUGCUGAGACCAAGACGAUGGACCCCAAGAAGACCUACAACAGUGUCAGCAAGAUCGACAAGAUGUCGCGGAUAGUGUUCCCUGUCCUCUUCGGAACCUUCAACCUCGUCUACUGGGCCACGUACCUCAACAGAGAACCGUUGUCGAAAGGAGUUGUCAUCUCAACUUAAUCGCUCUUCUUAUUGUUCCUUUUUUUCAGGGGCGUGGGGGGGAGGGGUGGGCAGUUUGUGUCAGGGAGAAGGGAAGGUUGAGCCUAAUAGAAGAGGGGUGAUCCAUAAUGAAAGCAGCCAUUGCUACAUCUCUGCCUCCAGACUAAACAAAUGUGAAAACAAAGAACAAAAACUAUACUCACCUAUUUAGAUCAAGCACUUUGAAUGGAUGCAAGGCUUCACGAUUCCCUUUCCUAUUUUUCAUGGCCUAAAAAACUGCAUUUUAAGACUACAUUAACAGGAGAGAGGGUGCUUUGCUUCUUUCUCAUCUGUUCUGCUGCAGUUUGCAUGAUUCUCACCCCCAAAAAGGGAACAUGGACUCCUCUUUGUCUUGAACACCGACCAUGUAUAUGUCAGUCAUUGCUUAAACUAUGGGAGCACACUUGGUCACUACUACCUGGAGAAUUUAACAAAGUAAUUUAAUGCUUCAUGUUCUUACUGCACUGGGCUCAUAAACUCUGCAAUCUAACUCGCAUUUAAAUUUUAAAACAUGAUUUUAAAAUGUACCUAAUUCCGCGCUAUGAGAAAGACACAUCUCUCGAGAUUGAUGCUGCAAGUGCAUUAAUAAUGUCGUUUUAUGUCUCCAUUUUUAAAAAAAACUAAAAAAAUCUUGCCAAUUCUUUUCCUCUGCCUAACGCAGAGGGUGCUUGUGUCUCUUGUUGUACAUCUUUACUUGAAGAUUCAAGAACUGUUGCUGCAGGCCUGGUUUCCCAAAAGCCCUGGCAGUAAGAGUCUCAAAGUAAAAUGUGAGAGGAAAAGAAGUUUUGAAUUAAAAAGUCAUCAUUUAGGGCCAGCAAGAAUGUUUGAAAAAAGUGGGUUUUUUCUGGCCUACUUACACGAGGGUGACUGGACGGCUGUGACAGAUGUGUUAGCACAAAUUAAGGAUUGGAUAUAUGUGAUUUAACAGAAUUUUGAGCCUGGGUCACUCAGUUGGGAAACCAAUAUGCACAGUUGAGAGACCAAAUGGAGAGCAAGUCACAUACAAAUCAGGACAGCGAUGUGGACAGUUUUGGGACUGUCGUUCAGAGAUGUCCAGACACGCACCCUGCUAAUGUGUCCACAGAGAAAACCAGACUCAUGUACAGUUCAUAACCCUGUUUUGGUUUUUUAAAAAACUGCUGGUGAAAUUUACUAAAUGAGUACUGUGACAAUUUUGUGACUUGUAAGGCACUGACACAGCUGCUAUGUAUUUGUAAGUGUUCCAUUUCCAAAUGUGGAGAGGAAAGUAUGUAACGUAAUCAUAUGAAUGUGGUUUUCUAAGGCUUGCGACAGGUAAUUUGCUCCACACUGUGCCGUUAUUUAACACCGAAAAGAGCAUGCCUUAUAUUGCACCUGGAUGCGAUAAUUGUCGCAAGGAGCAUUAAUUUAUGUAGAAUGCCAAGGGGAGACGUUAUCAGAAUGAGCAUGUAAUUGGUUCGGGUAUAUGGCUGUGACAAAUCUUUGGAUCUGCCCUGUCAGCUGCUCACGCUGAACAGUUCGAGCCAAGCCCCACAUAUUUAGUGUAUUUUGAUAUAACAAAGCAGAACAUGCCGCAGAGCAUCGGGGGCAAGGAGAGAAUUACAAGAUGUAUACAAGCCAUGGCUGUAUAGCUGGUAGCAAGGUUAGUUUUUUUGCAGUGUGCAGAGCUGUUUGUAGGUUUUUUCAUCGUGUUUCAUCAAAUAGGCAGCGGGUCAUAGUGAAAAUAGCAGAGAGCUCAAAAAAUAAACAAACUCAAAAAAUACACAUUGAGCUCUGUAACAUCACAAAUCGACUUCAUACAUUUUGUCUACUUUUUAAGUUCUGUCCCAAAAGUAUUUUAAGAAAAACUGUAAUGUUUGUCAAAAUGUCACUUUAACUGUGACGAAGGUGUUGGAGGUGUUCCUAAAUAUCAGGAUUGUGCAGGUGGCUGUGAGUCAGAUUCUUUCUUUUGACUUUAAUAAAUACCUGCAGACCCUUAUGCAAAACAACACAUUGCACGGUCACAGUACCGUCCUGGGUUUGCAAGUCGGUUGGGAUUUGACAGUUAAUAAUGUUUUGUGUUGUGCUACACAUCCUGCACACGGGCUGUUAAACAAAUAUUUUAGGUUUAUAAGACAGAGCUGGUUGUAGUAAAGUAAUAAAGCAGUCUUGGGCUGCGUCAGCCUUUAAGACGACAGUUUCUGACGCAAGACUAAUCAUUGACCUUUUUAGUAGAUUACCUACAGAACUUUCCACUCCCACUGAGCUAUUCUUUUUCACAUACAAAAAGUGAAUCAAUAAUUUUCUCACUCAUGCCUCUUAAUAGCAACACUUGAGAGCUCAGUUCAUGCUUUGCACAAAGUCAAAGUAUUCUGGGUCAUUUAAGCAUCUUCUGAGGCUGUUGGAAAAUGUUAACUCCAGUCUACAGUGUGUUUGUGAAAGUGAAGUGCUGGGGGAAAAAAAGAUGAUUAUUGUGUCAUGUUUCUGGAUUCCAGCAAAGCUAUACUAGAAAGAAAACCUCACGCAUAUAUCAGCAACAGGAGACAGAAAUUCAACAGCUCAGCGGCUAACAGGUGACCAAAGAUUGAUUGUACCAUGAACUGACUCAUAACAGUCCACAAAAGUGAGCAACACAGCAGAGCUCUGUCCUCUCAGAAUUACUUACUAUUGGGUUCAAUCGAUGGGCUCAAGUUUAUCAAAAUUGCACCCUGAUUUGCAUUAAUUUACUUCACCUCCGCGAGCUAAUCCAAUGUCACUGGACUGCAUUGUUUUUUUUUCUCAGAAUGUUUCUCUGUUUUGAAAGCUUGGUUCGACGAGGCCUUUAAGCUGCAAAGAAUUUGGGGAAAUAAGGCCGAGUGUCAUGAGAGAAUCAUGUAAAUAGCCUUUUUCGUUUUCAACGUAGCUCUUUGCUUUGACACAAAAAGACAGAUUGUCACAUUUGUGUUCUGAAGCCCUUAGUAGAAAAAAAAAGCCCAAUGUUGAUGUUAAUGAUGUUAUUGUCUUCAAUAUCUUUUUUCUUCUGUGUACAUGUGUGAGUUUGUUUCGUUCUUGUGGCUUGUAGAAGAGCUGAUCAAACGUGAUCUUUGGACUGAUUUGUAUUUUAUAUCUACAGUGACUUAAUUAAAGUGACGAGCACACAUUUUGUCAUUACAGCUCAAGCCUACCUGUUGCACAGCAUGUGUUGGUUUGUGGUGAGACAAACUCAGGAAUAAGAGGACCCCAUGCUCCCAACAGAAAUAUCAGUUCUUCAUAUCUAUCAUAUGGAUUUUGAACACCAACCUCUCUCACCUGCUGCUGGGAACAUUGUCCUCAAAAACUUUAGGCCGCUAAGCAGAUAUUUAUACACUGGCUUGGUAAAAAACCAUGUAAAUAAGGGUGACAUAAGCUGCUAUCUGCUUUGCAUUGUGUACUUAAGGUGGACUUAAGUGAUUUUAUUUUGACUUUGUGUGCCAGGAUAUGCUGUGGUAUUUUCGUGCUGUCUAACUGAUGUUGAAGCUGUCAUUUAUGGAAAUCUAAGAUCCAGCUUUCUGUCAGAUCAGACAAUGUUUCAGUUUCAGUGCAAUGGCAGCCAAGUACAGGAUACAGACGAGACAUCUCCCCCCCACCAAUCUGUAAUCUGUCUGUUCCUCGACUUCCUGUUUGUAUCUGACACAUUAUCAAGUAACAGUACACACUUUCUGUCUGUGUAUUUCUGAUUAGGUCUGCAGUAGUUGAGUUCUUCAACAAGUGUGUUUUUUAAACUAAACAGUUGUUUUUAUUGAGCUUUAUUUAAGCCUUGUUUUCUAACAUAUAACCAAAGGAACUAUUACUGUAAAAAGUCACUGAUAAUGUCCCUGACAAACACAUAUAGCCUUCAUUAUUUUUUUUGUGGACAGCAGCUUCAGUCUGACAGAAGUUCACUGUAUGGACAAAGGUACUGGGUCUCACCUGUUAUUCUUUGAAUUCUUGUAUUUUCAGUCCCAUUGCUUCAGCUGUGUAAAAUCUAAAGAAUCUAGGCCUGUACUCUUUUGUGCUUUUAUUUGGGAAAGAAUGGGUCUUUCUAAAGAGAUCACUAAUUUAAGAGUGCUACUGUAAUAGAAUGAGACAUUGCAGCAAGUCCCUUCAUCUAAUUUUUUGUACCUUUCAGAAAUUCCUCAGUCAGCUGUAAGUGGCAUUUUUGCAAAAGUGGAAGUUUUUAGGGACCACAGCAACUCAGACACCAACUGGCAGGCCACGUAAAAUUAGAGAGUGAGGUUGCCAAGAGCUGGGGCAUAUAGUGCAUAAGUGUAAUCAACACUCUGCUGAAGUGCAGAGUUCCAAACCUCCUCCAACAUUACCAUCAGCACAAAAAACUGUAUAGCAGGAGCUUUGUGCAAUAGGUUUCCAUGCAGCGCAGCUCCUGUAGGUAGCCCAGUACGUUUGUGCAAAUAGUGUAUCUCUACAACUAUUAGCUUGUCCAUAAAUUUGGCUAAUAUGGUAAUAUUCAUGGCAAAUUUACAAUAACUUUGGUGAUCCUCUGACUUUUUCUAGUGCUGUCAUCAGAUCAAAAUUACUGUGGCUGGUGGGUAAUAUAUGGAAAAAAUAAAAAUAAUCCUCCAGUCUAUAAACAAAAAAUAACAUGUAAGUUCAAAAAUUUUCAAAAAGAAAUUAUUUUGACUGUUAACAGGCUAAACAAAUACAGCUUACAUGAUGUUAUACCAGAUUAUAAAUAUCUGUACCCGCUGCUAAACGCCAGCAUAUUGGCGUCAUCGUUGUUAGCAUGUGGAUAUUAGCAUUUAGCUGUAUGUAGAAUAAUAGUAGGCAGACAGAUGGAUGAACACUUAAAUUCAAUACAUUAUAAAUCCUCUGAUGUUCUCAGUAAUUUAAUAAAUAUUUCUGACUGAUAACAAGCUAAAAUAACAUAUAUGUAAAGUGGCCUUUGUUAUACUCAGCAUUAAUGUGUUAUGUUUGAUAAUAUGUGUCAUCUUUUUAUCAAUUUCUACUAUUAGUAGCAUGCUGGCAUUAGCAUUUUACUGCAUGUAAAACAGUGAUAGGAAAAUAGCAAACAGUGACCUUCUAAAAAAUUAAUGAAUUGAAGAAUGAAUUAAUAAAUCUAUGUAUAAGCAUAUUAUACCAUAUUAUUAAUCAUCUGAAUAAAACAAUGCUAAUAUCAUAAUAGGUUUUUAAUGCUAGCCAGCUAAAUUAAUACAACUAACAUGAUUUAUCUGCCUAUUAAUAUUACACUUAUUAGCAUUAACCUUUUAGCUUGGUCGGUGUUAGCAUACUGUGCUUGAUAGCUACAUAUUAGCUACAUAUAGAACGUUGACAAUAUUUGGCAAACAGACAAAUAUAGGAUUUUAUUUUUUCUGCUGUAGAAAACUCAAUCAUAUUAACUAUAGGACAUCAUAUAUUUAGUACUACCCACAUUGUAAUUCUGUCAUUUCCAAAAAUUCGGCAAAGCUAAUAUUAUGUUAAUAUGCUAGGGGCUGAAAGAAGACAAGUAAGUCACGUAUAUCAGCUCAUUCAUGUGAACUGUCAGGUCAGAGGAUCCCCAUAGUGCUGAAACCUGGUAGACUUCCUCAUGUCUCUGCACAUCUUUCUUGGCGUAAACCAAUGCACCCAUCCAUUUAACUCUCUCUUUCUGGCCAAGAAACAACCCCACCCGCCUUCCUUCAGCCACUGUGACAGACUCAUCUGCCAUACAUCUGUUAGAAUAAGGGAUUUAGUUCUGCUUAAGUUGCUUUCACCCAUUCAGGGAAGCCCCUUACAGCAAAGCGCUUCUGUCCAUUUAAGCCCUGACUGGCCCAGCCCUCAUGACAAACACUUGUUUUUCUCAGUGUGUUGUCUGGACAGCUGUGGCUGAUGCAUGUUAGGAACAAACUUAGGGUUGAUUGUAUGUCCUUUAUCCCAAGCUAGCUCAUGGGCAGUGAAGCUGACUGACGCUUUGAACUCUUGGCUGGGGAAUUUAUUGCACAUCCAGCAGCUGGUUUAAAGGACACUUGCGGAGCUACGAUAGCAACAGUUGCCUGUUCAAGUAAGGCUAAAGGUGACCAAUAAAAUGCAUAAAGUUGCUCAUGUUUUUUUUUUU